AUGCAAAUCUCAAUCAUCCAGCCAAUAACCACUCCGAUCGACCUCGACAUCCAGGAAUUAGAAGGACUCUGCAAAAAUGGAAUCACCUGCUCGGUCGUCAAUCUGCACACUGGACCAUGUUCCGUUGAGUCUCGAACCGACAAAGCAUUUGCAAUUUUCGGCAUGAUUGCCGCAGCUCAACGAGAAAUACAACAAGGAGCCGAUGCCAUAGUCAUUGAUUGCUUCGGUGACCCUGGUUUGGACGUCUUACGGGAAGUCGUCGAUAUCCCGGUUCUGGGUGUGGCACAGACUUCCAUGAACAUAUGUGCCAGCCUAGCGGAUACAUUCGGUGUGGUAACAAUCUUGAAGGAGUCUAUUCCCAUCAUCACAGACGCUGUCAAUGCCUAUGGUCACAAAGGCAGAUUUGUCGGGUGUCGUGCCAUUGACAUGCGAUCGCUUGAAAUUAAGGGUCAAGUCAGUGAGAUGACCAAUAGAUUGGCUGAGCAAGCACUGAGUCUGGUGCGUGAUCAGAACGCCCAUUCUGUUAUUCUGGGUUGUACUGGGUUUAUAGGUUGCGCUGAAGAAAUUAGAAAGCGGCUUGAGCUUUCGGGCUUCGAUGUUCCUGUUGUUGAUCCUCUCCCUGUGACUGUCUUUUCUGCAAUUCCUCUUCUGCAGAUGGGCUUGAAGCAGAGCCGAGAAAGCUAUCCAAAGCACAAGCCAAAGGAGAUCAAAGGCUACCCGGAAUUUCAGUGA